AUGAAUCCACUAACUUAUUGGUUUUCUUGUAAAAUAAUAUUAGAUAAGCAUUUAAGUACAGUAGAGAUUUGUUUCAAAGUUAAAAAAAACCCCUUCCUUCCAGGUGAUUACAUCCCCAUAUCUUUCUUUGACUUUUGUUAUUAUAUAGUUACUAUUAUAUAACUUUCAUAUUAUCUCUCUUUAAUAUAUAAUAAUAUAUAUACACAUGAAAUAUUAUGCCAAAGCGGUGUCAUACUUGUAUUUUUAUAUGUUUUAAAGUGCUUAUAGACCUUAAAAUUCCCCGUUUAUUAUAACACACUGAAUCCUCUUUGAUUGGAAAAGUUUGAAGUGUAUCUACUGCAACAUUGAAAAAUAAAGUGUAUGUUUAUUUUUAAUUUCUUCUUUUUUAUAUAAAGCAAUAUUAAUUUCACGAGACGGCUUCUCUGAUCUGACUUUUCUUUUUUCUUUUCUUUUUUUUUCUAAUUGACCAUUGAGUACGCUUAUGCCGUUUUUUAUAUUAUAAAAACUAUUCUUGUUAGAUGCAAUGCAUGGUUGUAAACCAAAUAUGUAGUCUAGUAUAAAAGCAAGAGAAGCAAAUAACUCAUAGGUACAUUUACAUAUAUCUUCCUCUCUAUUAAUAUAACUCCCCUUCCUAAAUAGCUAGAUAGCUAGCCACUACUACAGUUCCAGACAUGGCAAAGGGUCCCUCAACUCACAUUCAUCCUUCAUCAUGUGAUGGAAUAUCAGAACAUGAUCAUCAUGGCUACUCAGCUGGAUCUUCAAUUGAGAAGAAACUCAAAUUGUUUGGGUUUGAGCUGAAUCCGUACAAGAAUGAUGGAGACAGUGUAAUUAUAAAAGGCUCAUCAGCAGCAGAAGUAGAUGAAAGUGUAAAUUCCUCAAACUCAGCCUCAUAUGGAACAGAUAACAACAACAACAACAACAACAGCAAGAUUUCAUCGAAAGAAUUGAAAAGCACGAAUACAAAUGAUCACCAGCAGGCAGAGGAUAAUAAAAAGUUCGAGUGUCAAUAUUGCCUAAAAGAAUUCGCUAAUUCUCAGGCAUUAGGAGGCCAUCAAAAUGCUCAUAAAAAGGAGAGAAUGAAGAAGAAAAGGUUGCAACUUCAAGCCAGGAAGGCCAGCAUCAACUACUAUCUUCAACCUUUCCAAAACAACCCAGCUGCCUUUUCAUAUCAUCAUCAUCAUAAUACUACUCCAUUGUUUUUUGAUUCAAACUCAUAUGCUUCAGAGUUCACACUCUAUGAUGAAUCUCAGCAAAUUAGUUUCAACCCUUUCGACUCGGACAAUUCUCACUUCCACCAAGCAGCAACAGCGUCUCAUCAGUUGUCUAAAUGGUAUUCUUUACCACCUUGCAGUAAUGUCCAUUUCCAACAAGAUAACACUACAUCUUCUUCGUCUUCUUCAUCAUCAUCAUUUAAUAAGUUCACUUUAACCACACAUGCUCAUGCUGCUGCACCACCAGAAAUGACUACUACUUCUGUAAUCUUCAAACCUUCCCCUUUGUCUAAUACUGCUCCAAUAAAACAGGGCUGUAAAUCCUUAGAUCUUCACUUAGGUAUUGGAUUUGAUUCCAAUAUACAAAGCUCUACUUAAAAUUGAGCUAUAUAUGAAAAUAUAUAUACACGUGUGAUCCAGUAAGAAUAUUUAUAUAUAUAGCAAAUUAUUAUGCCUC